AUUCUUCCCGAAAUAACGGAUGCAACAACAUCUUCGGCAAACUGAGCAUUUCCCCUGCACUCGCAAACUGUCCGUUGUGUUUACAUCACGUCAUCGUAUAAGUAGGAAAUGGACGAAUCCUCGUGAUCAGUUGCUGCCUGGAAAAUUUGCUUUACCACCUCUUACGUAUUCUGGCGAAAAUGCCUCGUGACAAGGUGAUAUUCUAUCACGUGCCUGAACAAACAGCCAUAGAAGGAUGAACAUGGGUAGGCGUGUAAAGGACAAUUUCACACAUCUCUUUCCGCAGUUGGUCGUGGCAAUAUGGGGAUCGUGGGGUUAUUUUUGCAUGGGUUCUGUUCGUGGUAGAAGUUCGCCCGGAAUUCCAUCGCAUAAUAGUACGAUGGAUUUCGACAUGUCUCCAUCCGACCUGCAAUGGAUUUCUUCUUUCCCGAUGCUCGGGGCCAUACUUGGCUCGUUGUUCAUCAACAAACCUAUGGAAUAUUACGGAAGGAAAAAGGCUCUGGUUGGCCAUUACAUCGUCUUCAUUUGCGGAUUCUUCAUCUCCGGUUUCACUCACUUCGGUGAACACAAAUCCAUGCUGUACAUUGGCCGUUUCUUGAUGGGCAUUGCUGCCGGAUGUACCACUCCCGCAGCACAAAUAUACGUAAGUGAAUGUGCAUCGCCGAGUCUUCGAGGUUGGAUGGGAUCACUGACGGCCUCCUCUUUGGUGCUGGGCGUUUGGUCGACGUACAUUGUCGGGAUCUUCGUCGAAUGGCACGUCCUGGCCUGGAUUUUUGGCUGUUUACCCAUCCUCUUUCUCUGCGGUACUGUUAUGAUGCCCGAAUCUCCAGUUUGGCUACUGUCUCACGGCCGGGAACAAGAGGCUCGACGAUCUCUUCAAUCCCUCCGCGGAAAGGGGGCUAACGUGCAAACGGAACUCGAAAGGAUCAAAAAACAUUUGGAACGCGUGGCUAAUUACAACAGCAAGUCUCUUCAAGUGACAUCUGGAUCGGUGGUCAAACCUUUAUUCAUUUCAUUGAGCAUCAUGCUGUUCCAGCAGACGACAGGAAUCAACGCCAUUGUCUUUUACACGGCCAGCAUCUUCCAGGCAGCCGGAAGUUCAAUCAACGGCAAAUACGCCACGAUCAUCGUCGGUGCCGUCCAGUUGAUUUUCACCAUCGCCUCUGGGUUUCUGGCGGAUCGAUGCGGAAGGCGGAUGUUAUAUUUAGUUUCGGCCGUUAGUUCGGCCGUACCGUUGGCUGCCCUUGGAAUCUUCUUCUGCUGUCAACGUCGAUGGGGCGAUCAAGAAGCAAUUCGAUAUUUCGGUUGGUUGCCAUUCGCAUCUCUCAUCGUUUUCUUCAUUACCUAUUCCGGCGGGAUCAGUAACGUACCCUUCAUCAUCAUGGGCGAGAUGUUCCCGUUGCGAUAUCGAACGCUGCUGGGUGGGAUCAGCUCAUCUUUCCAUUUGUUUUGCACUUUCGUGAUGGUCCGAUUCUUCCCCGACAUGUUGCGAGCGAUGGGCAAAGACGGGACCUUCUACUUCUUCUGCGGAUGCACUUUGUUGAGCGCCAUCUUUGUUUACUUUCUUCUGCCGGAGACGAAAGGUAAAACCCUGGAAGAAUUGGAACAGCUGUUCCGUUCAAACAACAUCGAACCUCAUAAAAGGCAAUAUUAUUUGGAAGAUACUCUUGCAACGGAAAAGAACACGAAUUGGGAGGUGGUCCUGUUGAGGCGUUCAGAAACAAAAGACAGUCACAGAAGUGAAUUGCAGUUGUGCGUCAACAAGUUGGAAGUUACUCUCGAGUUCUACGAAAGUAGCGCCCAAUUUAAUUUUUCGACAAUCGACGUUGUUUAGUUGAUACGUUUGCAUUUUACGUCUUAAUGGUAAUUUAAAGUAUUUAACUUUUGUGAAUCGCCGCCAUUUUGCAUUGGCCGGUGAAAUGAGCCUUGGAUUUUUAGGUGUUUUUGUUGCAAAAUUUCGGUUUGCGGGA